CUGAGGCUCUGCGGUCGUACUUCGUGCUCGAGAUUCGAUUGCAGAGUUGGUGAGUACAUUGCCGAUCAGUUCUAACUAUAAGGAUUUAUGCUUGUAAUGGGGGGACCGAGAGAUGCCAUGUUAUAAACAAAAAAUGUGCAAGAGAAUCCAGCCAAAAACUCAGCCUUGCCAACUGCUGAAAAUUCUGCCCUCACUUUACGGUAUUCACUACACAGAAGCCUCAUGUGAGCUCUGAUGGCCUCUUUCUCGGACACUAGGUAUUAGCAGUCACUUGGUUGCUAUCGAGCCAUUCACAGCAUGUCUUCCUGCCACACCGAGCAACACCUGUUACUCAUGUUAACCUUCUCUCUUCCCUGAACGACUAACCUAUGCUACAAGCUCGAAUCUACCAGAGCGGCCCGCGCCAACAUCGAUCGGAAUCGCUCACAACGCCAAUCGUCCCUCAGGACACCCAGAUUGUAUCCACCAAUCCUCAUAAUGUCACCCGAAAUCGCGUUUACAGGCCGUACAACCGAUCAAGAGAUCGAUGCAGUCGCCAUCUGCCCCGAGUACCCCGAGUACAUGGUCAUCGGGACCUACUCCCUGCUCAAACCAGACUCACCACGCUCCUAUGCCGGCCAAACCCGCCAAGGGACAUUACAAGUACUCACACUCUGGCCCGAGUUCCGGCCCAAAUACGCCGGCAUGCUCCCACCGCAACUCGACCGUGUUGCCUUUCCAAGUGCCGUAGUGGACAUCCAUUUCCACCCAACUGACGCCACGCUGCUCGGCAUCGCAACCAGCAGCGCGCAGGUACACAUCUUCCGCUUCAUCAAACAUGGCGACGUGCUCGGCCGGCGGGUCAUCACCACUCUUUUGCCUCUCGGGAGUGUGACCGUCAGCGCCAGUGACGAGCACGGCCUCACACCGCUCGUAACGCAGUUUACUUGGUUCCCUAACCUGCGCAGCCGGGGUAUACUUGGCAUCAGCGAUGUUCAGGAUAUUUCAUUCGCGGCAGUAACAUCCUUUGGCGAGACGAAGAUCGUCCGCACUUCCGUUGCGCGAAUCAAGGAUCUAUACGACCAGCGAGCCGGUCCGGACCUGCCGCCGCUCCCCGUGACGAUUGUUGAUGUGCACAAGCACGACCUGGAAGCAUGGACUGUUGCAACCGCGGCGCUGCGUUUGCCGGAAGAAAGUGAGAAUGGCACAAUUUGUCGGAUGAUUUUCAGCGGAGGGGACGAUAGUGCGCUCAUUGCAUCAGCUAUUGAACUUCCCAACCCGAGAUCUGAGCCCGGGACGCCGUCGGUAUUAGCAUAUGAUACGACGUCUUCGACUGCAAUGCCACUUUGGAAGGACCGGCGAAAUCAUACAGCUGGUGUUGUGGCCAUUCUCCCUCUGCCACAACUCACGAUUUGGAGUGACGAUGGUCUUGAGCCUAACCGAGGAAUCAUCCCCCUGCUCACAGGAAGUUACGAUGAGCAUUUGCGGGUCUUCGAGAUUGACCCAAGGACAUAUCGCGCCACAUUCAAGACGGAAAUGAGGCUUGGUGGCGGCGUAUGGCGGCUGAAAGUUCUGGAUCAAUACACCACAACUGGGGAACAACGCCAACAUCACACGCUCAUCCUCGCCUCCUUAAUGCAUGCCGGUGCGGCAAUCAUUCGGCUUACGCAUACUCCGAGCUCCAAUGCGGAAACAUGGACAAUCAAUCUUCUAUCUAGGUUUCGAGCAGGACAUGAAAGCAUGGUGUAUUGCUGCGACGCCACGCUCGAAGGUGCAGAGAAGGAGCCCGGGCAGGUCGGACAGCAAGAGGCACCAUCAUAUACGAUCGUUAGCACUAGCUUCUAUGAUAUGAAGAUCUGUACGUGGAGAUUUCUGGAUGACUUCAAGGCCCAACAUCGCGCUCAGAGCCUGGUCCCAGGCUAAAUGAUGAUGAAGACUGGCCGAAAAGGACAAAAUAAAGUUGGAAAUGUAUCAGAAUGGAAUGAGCUGGUGCUGGAAGGGCCUGGCAUUUGUAGUAUUAGCCCGUGUUGUAUUGCUAGCGGCCUUGUGAUGAAAUAGACCUGUCCCGAAUAGACAGGGAAGAACUGC